CCAUAUUGCUAAUAAACAGCGUCCCACCGCUUACGACCAGCCAUUGUGGUUAUAAAUACAUGCACAUCAUUUAGCCUGUACGUAUCACUUACCAGCUCAUAUGAAUUAUGAUUAGUGAUUCGUUAUACGUAUUUACGUCUUUUAAGUUUUAACAUUGUUAUUAAUUGUUCUGUGUGCCUGUACGUGAUCGUGAAUCGCCUGAAUUCUUACUUGGUGAUUUUUUAUACUUUCGUCGUUCAAUUAUAAUAUUAUGACUAAUAAUAGCAAUAAUAAAAAGUAAGUGAAUGCUUAGAAUCGUUUUACUAAAGAAAUAAGUUAUCGUUUCUUUAAAAUUCAAUACACCCAUUAACAUUAUCUUGUCCAAGGACCGGAGGGACAAGGAAUGAACAUCCACCACCAUCAUCUCACUUACCAGCUUUUUAUUAUUUAUCCUGUACUAUUUCAGAUUACUUGGGUUGUUGGAAUUUUUCCAGAAUCUAAACAAUAUAGUGUAAUCCCAUCCAAUUGGCUCAUUGAAAAUAUGUACAGCAAUUCAGGUCCAAAUUUUUGCAAAUGGCCUCCGUUUGCAGUUACAAGUACUCAUUUGAAAGAAGGACAAAAUCCAUCUCCAAAUUGGGAAACACAUAGAAUCAACAUUUUAAACGGAAGUAAAGUUUAUGUCAAGUUCAACAAAGCAUGGCACAUGAAAGUUAAAGUUAAAUACUCAUCUACAGAAACUGAUGACGAUUAUGGGAAAGCAAAGAAAAAACAAACUUGAAUGUUUCUUCUGAUAGUGAGGAUUCAGAUCAUGGAUUUACUGUAAUGUCUAACAGUAAAACUUCUACUAGUAUGUCUAAUGUUUACAAGUUUUCUGAUGUAAAAUUUGAUGAUCAGUGUCUUCAAUAUAUGAAACCAACUUCAUCUAGACAAAUUAUGCCUACUGAGUCUUUGUCUGCUUCUACUUCUCUGACUGAAAACCAAUGUUAUACAAAUUUAACUCCAUCCACAUCAACAAAUAAUGCACAAAGGCAAUCUGUAAAACCAGAAAUGAUUUACUCUGAAGAACAAAUAUCAUCUGAACACUCUGUAGAACAUUCUGUACAUGCUAAAAAACUUUGUUGAACACGGUAGUUCAAGCUUUCAGAUUGUAGAUGUACUAAAUAGGUUGAAUAGAGAAAUGGUAGCUAACAGUUUUAUGUUGAAGUGUUUAUUGGCUAAAGUUGAUACUAUUGAAACAUAUAUCAAACAUCAAGAAAUUAAUUCCACAGGUACACAUACCAGAACUUUCCUAGAACCAGAAUUUUUUUCUCAAUUUCCUAUCAAAAACACUGAGGAAUUCUCAUCAUUAGAAAAUCGUAUUAGAAAUGAGUCUGGAUAUAUUCUCAAAUUGGAGAGUUAUAUUAAAUCAAUAGGAGGAAAAGACCAUAAAAAUAAUAUAAAUAGAAUAUUAGCAAAACUGUUUUCAAACCAAUUUGCUAUUCAAUGUUCUUGGACAGGCCGAGGAAAAAAUAUUAAUAUUAAAUUAGGAGAGUCUGCUACAAUUAAUGCAAUGAAAAACAGUUUGAAAGACAAUUUUUCCAAUGUUUUUACUGAGUCAGUCUUUGAAAAAGUAGUUGCUGAUUGGUUGCGUAAUUCCAAUACUCGGUUUGGUAGAAUGAAAUAAGCUAUUUUACCCAAAUUUUUAUUAUAUCAGUAUUUAUUUCAAGAAUAACCAAUGACUUAUUUUAAUUUAUUUAUUUAUCAC